GCAGAAACUCGAAGAAUUUGAUGGGUCUGUGUAUCCCCAGAAAGAUUAUAGUAAAGGCACCACUGCCGUUCUCGAUCAGAUUUCGGAAGCUAUCUAUUGCCAUUCCGCAUAUAUUUCUUGACUGGGCCUUGGAUUUACGACCGGGUGAAAAUGGAAGACGGUUGCCUAGAAUUAAACGAGAAAGCUCGUUGGAAACGUUCUGGAAGGUUUUUCGGCUGGUCUUCGAAAGAGCAACCUCAGAAAAGAUCGAAAGCAGAUGAAUUGACAGAUGCGCCGGGUAGGGAACGAAGUCACCCCUCAGCCUCCAGUGUUUCCUCCACUAUGUCAUGUAUAGUUCUGAUUGAUGUCACAGGUGGUCCGCAAGUUAGCUCGCAAACAUAAACCGUUUUGGAAAGACCGCGAAAGGUCCACUAUGGAAUCUUGGGUUAAUGAUUACUAACGAACAAACUACUCGAGAUAUCUAGAGACAACGUUUGCUGCUUUGCC